AUGCAACUCGAGCCAAUCAAAAAGCUGGAAAUAUCAUCAGCUGCGUCGUCUACGCUGCUCAGGCUCUUUUCUUACGCGUUUCUUCGUCUGAUCCCCGGACGCGUAUUUGUCUAUGCCAUCGCUGCUUUAUACCCAAUCUAUCUCUUUUUCUCAUACUCUGCAAAACGCCACCGUAAAUCUACACGCACUCAUCCAGCACUUGCUCUCAUAUUUGGAAUCCCCGUCAACGACUACCAGUACAAUCUUGCAAACUUCAUAAUCAACACGCUUGUCUUUAUAAUGGCCAUGGACUUCCUAUGGUCCCCCCUUCUCCUUCUUCCAGCUUCGAAUGUUGCGUUCGCGAGGCUGGGUCAUGUCACCCACCUCUCUGCCAAGGUUGUUGCACGCGUUCCUCCACCUAAUUGGGUCUCUCAGCACUCUUACGACGGUGGCGACCACGAGCCACUCGCUAAAGUCGUCUACAAAGCCCGUGACACACAAAAUACUUGGCUCCAAGGCCCAAUUCUUGCAAAUGCAUCGCCUGAGUCUGACUGGAUGGACUCUGUCACUCUAGAAAAUCUCUGGCCGUCGAUUGAAUACGAUUACAGCGUAGUCUACUUGAACGGACAGUCUAUCCCUGGUAUUCCCUCACAUUUACCUUUAAAGACUUCUCCAGAUCCUAAGUUAACUUCUAUCAAAGCUUCCAUGUGGGGUGGAAAUGGUGGCACUCAGCUAUCCUUCGUCUCUGGAUCGUGUGUAACUCUCGGCUUCCCAUACAGACCAUUCGCUCACUUCCAAGUACCUGGUUUCGAUUUGCUCGCUGAAUACAUCAGCAACCGCUCCACACAGUUCAUGAUCUUCUUGGGCGACUUCAUUUAUGCUGAUAUCCCACUGAGUAUAGGCACAUUACCAGAGAACUACUGGAGAAAGUAUCGCCAAACCAUGUCAUCAGAUUCCUUUAGAAAGGUUUACGAGCAGCUACCAUUUUACCACAUGUACGACGAUCAUGAAGUCGCCAACAACUACGCUGGACUGGAUAACCCUGAUGCUUCCCCAUUCAGAGAAGCGAUGAUCGGAUGGAAGUCAUACAACGCUGCAGGUAACCCUCAGUCAAGAGUACCAGGCACCAACUACUACUCAUUCAAUUAUGGCGAUAUCGCUUUCUUUACGCUCGACACACGCGCUCAUAGAUCAGCUAAUAAUGCUCAAGAUGGACCUGAAAAGACUAUGCUUGGGGAGACUCAAAAGAUUGCCCUCCUCGAAUGGCUCAGCGAUGUGAAUCACACGGCUACUUUCAAGUUUCUUAGCUCUUCAGUACCGCUUACUCAACUGUGGAAAGGCGUUGAUGGUCAUCUUGACACUUGGAGUGGUUUUAAACAUGAACGCAGCUGGUUGCUAGAUGUCUUGCAGUAUGUGCCAAAUGUGAUUGUCUUAUCUGGCGAUCGCCACGAAGCUGCAGCUGUGGAGAUGAGGGACAGCAUCACGGAAUUUUCAACCAGCCCACUUAGCCAAUUCAGUGUACCAGUGAGGACCUUUAAGCAGGACCAUACUACAUGGAUAGAGGAUGUGGUAAAGAAGGAGCAACUCAAAGACCUCUAUCCCUACUUGAUUUCCAAUGGAAACGGGAAAUUAUCUCACCCUGAUUCACUGGUACACACAACCGCACAAGACAGCGAGCACGUAACUGUUUCCAGACCUGAAGAUCGCGUGCUGGCAUACUUGCCAGAUGGGUUUGUCAAAUGGACGUCUUUCGACAUUGACACAACAAGCUCAAUCCCCACAGUCAACGCAACUAUUUGGAUAGACGGUAAGCCUGCGUGGUCAAAGCACAUAGACGGCAAGCCUAUCAGAGAAUCAUCCAGUGCGAUAUCGCUGAUCGACUCUGUUGGUGAUAUAUUUGACAGCAUAGGAAUGAAAAUCUUUAGCCUGUUUUGA